AUGGCUCCCAAAAAAGUGAAAGAAGAGCCGAUCGAAGAAGGAUUUUCGGAUGAUUGCUUCGAUUUACACGCCGAAUUCUCGGGAAUGAAUCGAAAUAUCAAAGAUGAAGAUAUUGAGGAAACAUUUUUGAGAAUUCUACAAGGCGAUUCGGAAUCUCGAGCGGAAAUGGAGAUGGGGGCAAAUGGCAGUGAGGAUGAGUCGGUUUCGCUUUUCACUCAAAAUAAAGACGAGAAAGAUGUACCAAUAUUGGAUGAUAUGAACCUACCUGGGACAAGUGGAAUUGAUCCAAACGAAGAUUAUCGAAGAAUGAUGUGGAAUUUGGAGACUCAAGAAACGGAGAAGCUCAACAUCAAAGUCAAACAGAAUAUCGAUUGGCGGGGAAGGGAAAAUCAGCCGAAAUUGGAUUUGAAUGCAGAUUUUAUCACAAAAGGAAUGCAAGAAACGAUCUACGGUUCCACUUUGCGCAAGAAUUUUUCAAAACGAAAAGAU